CUCAACUUCCCUCUCUUCGCAUUCUGAGCCCAUCAUCACAUCAAACACUCGGCAUGGAGACUAUCAUAGACCCCUUCAGCCAGAUUUUAUGGCAGGCUCCUUCGACGCUGCCAGAGAGCAGCGUACAGCUCCAGCCAAUAGAGGAAGAAGUCAGAGAGCAGCUAAAUCGGAAUGAAAACAGGUUUCCAACCUUUUUAGCCCAUGUCUCAUCCCUAGAAAAGAAAGGUCGCAAUACAGAAACCGUUUUCAUUGACGAGUACAUCCAAGGCUUCACUGAGCGAUCAUUCAUCGACCGCGGGGCAACCUUCUCAGUGGAACGAGCCAUCGCAAUCCCAAACCCUCAAACAAUCAACUCCGCACCGUUAGUCAUCCGCCAAAAGCGAGUCGUGGCUUUAAAAACAGUUCGAAUCCAGUCUCAAUCUGAUGAUCUACCCAAAGCAGGCUGGGAUCACGUAUUGCUCGAAAUUCGCGCUCUUCUUCACGAAACCCUCCGAUAUCACCCUAAUAUCGUGCGACUCGUCGGCUUGUGCUGGGGACCCAACGGAGCGUCCGGAAGCGUUUAUCCUCAACUCGUCAUUGAGCAUGCCGAGCACGGAACGUUAGAGGAUCUUCAGAAUAACUCGAAAUCGCCUCUUUCGUUCGCUGUCAAGCAAAAGCUGCUGUAUGAUGCGGGGAAAGGUCUCUCGAUUAUUCACGCCUGCAGCAUUAUUCACGGCGACAUCAAGCGCCAGAACGUGCUGAUCUUCGCCGAUAAAUCCAGCCAAGGGGCUUAUGUAGCUAAACUGGCUGAUUUUGGAGGCGCUGUCUAUGGUUCUGAGAAGUAUGACUCUUAUCGCUUCAUCUGCAAGACACCGAGAUACGCGGCACCGGAAACCGACGGCAUAGUUACUGCUGAGGCCGCAAAGCUAUGCGACGUUUAUUCUUUUGGAUUACUUGCCUGUGAAACCUUUGCAGAUGGGGAUUUGGCCAAUCUUCAUUAUGAAUUUAGUCCUCGGCGGGAGGCGUCGGGUUCAUCGGUGACCUUGGCUCAAUUGAAGCGGUCGGGACGGCUUUUACACAGAGCGACGUCUAUGAUUCAGGAUUACUUUGAUAUGCGUGAGAUUAACCAAGAUUGCACGGAAAUGGUUCUGUAUGUUCUCGAACAAACUAUUCAAAAGAAUCUGACAGAUAGGUCCUUGGGAAGGGCACAGGCUGCUCUGAGAGGUGUACCUCUUUCGGAAAUCGACGACUACUUAAGCAAUGUAGACCAAAUGAAUCGCAAGUGGAAGGAAGUUGAAGACAAUGAACCUCCAGGAAAGCACGGAAUUAGUGCAGAUGGUGCUGGACUAUUCUUGGGCACCGUGGGAGCUACUUAUGAUCCUCAAAAUAACACCCCCGGCUUUCGGCCCAUAGUCAAGGCCCCAGUGAACCCGGGGUUCGUUUUUGAGCCCGAGAAACUGAAGAAUAUCUUGUCUUGGCAGCAGCAAGAGCAUAUACUCCAGGCUCUUCAAGUGAUCUCCGAAUCUGGUGAUCAUAGCCGUGACGUGGAGCUCCAUAAACUCUUUGCAGCCUGGUUCCUUUUCCGAUGCCACAUCGCCGAAUUUGGCACGUCUCUCGACCCCGAAAAAGCGUGUACAGCGCUUCGAAGAGCUGCAAGCGAUGCGAUUACUGGAUCUGAUGAUUCGAGCGGGUUUGAAUAUCUCGCAGCAUCUUGUGUAUGGCGCGUGAGCCAAGCCCUGGGACAUACACCACCUGAGCUGAUAGCUGUCUUUCCUUCUAGCCUACAGUGGGCUACUCUUCGAGGUGGAUGGCAAGCUGGUCAAGAUCUUGAGGACGCUUUGCCGCUGUUGAGUGAUGAACAGAAACAAAAUGCAACUGAAACGUACCAGAAUGCCCGGAGACUUGCGAAUUAUUUCAGUGGUGUUCCUGGUUCACUUGCAUUUUUGCCACGACAUUUGAGAAAAGAAUUUUCGGUCGAUAAUGCGGAGACACUUCAACAAGAACUCAGAGAGGAGCUUGGAGGACUGUAUGAACAGUCGUUGAAGAGCUCACCUGCAACGAACGAGCGUAUUCAGCAAGUGACUCCCUUCGACAGGAUCUUUGUCAACAGCCGUGGGCAUGGAGUUCUGCACAUGGCGGCAGCCCGCGGACAAGCUCUGACGAUCGAACAUCUUAUCAACACGUUCAAGCUAAACAUCGACCUGCCAAACCAAGACUGCGAAGAAACACCGCUGGUCUGUGCCUGUCGAAAUGCGCACUUGGAAGCAUCUCUGGCACUCCUUCGCCACGGCGCGAAUCCGAAGGGUCAUCCUCUUGGACAAGACACUCCUCUGCACUGGCUCUGGAGAUUUGAACAACACGAGAUGAUGCAAAUGGCUCGAGGCCUGCUGGACGCCGGCGCCCUGAUCGAUGCUCCGUCGGGCGGUAUGAGAGCCGAGGUUCUUAAAGCGCACGCUGACUGGGAGGGAACCAUGUCUAUUCAGACCACACCUUUGGGUCGAUGUGUUCUCUUCCAGAACAUCCACGCUGCUCAAGUCCUCAUCGCACUUGGAGCUGACCCUAUGAUUCAAGUUGAUGGAAAGUCGCCUAUCCAGCUUGCCGCUAUGCUAGCAUUACCGAAUUUCCUUCGACUAUUCUUGUAUCAAGAUGAUGAUGAAUCCAGAAUUUCGGGAUUAUUCAAUGGUUUUGACGAUCUUACUCUUUUGAAGGCGACCCAGGAGCAAAAGGCUGGUAAUAGAGAUUCGUUUUCGUUGCUCAGCCGACUUAUCAGAAACGGCCCGAGAUAUCGCUCUGACGUCGAGGAAACACUCGCCAUUUUCAAGGAGCAGAGAGAAUUACUAGGCACCGCCUCUUCCAGUGGACCGUUAGGAGAAGCCUUGUGUAUGCAGAUUCGACUUGGGAAUCGUGAUAUCGUUGAAGCGUUACUAAAAAUGGGCCAUAAUCCCUCUGGCUCGCCUGAUCAUCGGCCCAUGCGUGAAGCGAUCAUACUCAAUGACGAUAAAGUAUUUCGACUGUUGAGAGACUACGGCUGUGAGAUCGAAAGUUAUCCUGAGUGCCCACGGACUCUACUCCAUGACCUGGCGGCGAGACCGGCUUCUUCUCCCCCUGGGAUUGUCAUAGCGGAAGAGCUCAUAGCGUCAGGGGUUUCUGUUACGGAUCAUCCAGCAGGGACUAGACCGCCUGUUGUUGAAGCUAUCUUACAUGGAUACAUUGACCUAGCGAAUCUCCUCAUACAGCAUGGAGCGCGAAUCAGCAGUGCUUAUCAGUUGGGGCCCGACCUUCCAAAGAUUUCCAUCUUCAAGGAGCUCACUGAGAAAAGAACAGAGACAUCUCUGUCCAUCCUGCGGUCUCUGUUGACGUCAAAUGAUACAACAUCGGAUCAGGGACCCGUCCUACAUCACAAUGAGCAGUUUGACUUUAUCGUGAAUCACAUCGGGGACCCCGCCGAAGAGCAAAGCGCUUGGACGAUACUUGCUUCCUCACCACCAGCACGCAAGAACGUAGUCGAAGCAGAGAUCUACAUGGCGCAAGUUCAAUGUAUGCUUGCAGAGAAUUCACCCUUCGCCACCAAAAAGUGCAUAAACUUUGAUCAUCCAAAGUCUGGCACCGCCUUGUGCCGAGCCGCUCUGUUCCAGAACCAUUACCUUGUCGGAAAGCUGCUACGUAGCGGUGCAGAUCCCAAUAUCAGGUUCCGUCAAGACUUUGGACCUGCACAACGAUACUUUGGUAAUGGUUCACCAAUCAAUCUCGCGCUGGGUUGCUAUGAGGUUGCUAUUGAAGGCUGGAGUGAGACUGUGCCAGAUUCUAUGCUGGAGGACAUGAGAAGUGUUAUAAAUGAAUUAGAGUCUAUUCCGGACUAUCCGGAGGAAGCGCUUACUCGCGGAGAGGCACUGAGGAAGCGGCAUGAGGAUAUACUAAAGCUGCGAGAUGACGGAUGGGAUAUGCAGGCGCAGAUGGCUAACAUGAGCAUUGAGCAAGGACCGGUUGACCUAUCAAACAUGAGCGCGGUGCAAGCGCCAGACCUGGAAGAGUCUCAACGGGAGAUGUUCCAGGCUACAGAGACGAUUAUUCGGUGGAUGUUUAAUUCGCAGCGCUACGGAACAAUUGGGCGAGCAGAAAUGGCCAGGAUAGCAGAAGGCGAGAACGCAUAGUCUAUCCCAAGGUAAUCACCAGUCUAGAUCAGUAUCCACGCGCUGUUAUCAACCUAUUCCUGAUAAGAACCCUCGCGUGACUCACAGUAGCACUCACCCACCAUCCCAACAAAAGAUCCAGCUUCCUAUCUUGACCACAAUCUCAGAACAAAUUCGGUACUUCGAGAUGCGGGGAUUGUCUCGCGUGCCUUGUUUCUUCGCACUGAUGGUUGCCACGUGCCGGGCCAUCUCCUUAAAACAGAACAUGCACUGCAACCCACACACGAUCGGUUAAAUGGCUGAUAUCUCGAAUCGGUAGGAUUUCCGUAUGCGAGAUAUCGUCAGAGGGGCAGAGAUGCAUAUUCUUGGCUCGUUUGGGUAAUUGCCUCGGUUCUCGUAUAUAUAAUGACUUGUAAGUAAUUGAAAGGGG